GCCACUCGCUUGCCGUUUUUCCCCAGCCUUCCACCCUCCUUUAACAGCGUUGUUUGGCGAAUUUCAGGAAACUGAUGCCGCCAAUCCCCCCAGCUGGCAACAGUGGCCGCGACUCGAAGCUGUCACAGUGACUUUUUCCUGUUAGUGUAGUUUCCCCCGGAAAAUCCUGCAAACUAUUCAGGUGAGUGGCUUUUUCCUAAAAUUUGCUUUGCCCCCGCUCGUGACGGGCAGCCGAACUGCCCUGGAAAGUUAGCCAGUCAUUUGGGGCCAAUUAGUUAUUCAGAUGGGCGAUACGCGCGGCUAAUUGCGGGUUUAACGCAUUAAAACGUCCCCAACCGGUGUCGAUGUUAUCGCUAAUAGUCGACCGGCGUUGGGUUAGUUAAGAAAUGAGCGCCGGCCGGACUGUGGUGCUUGGCAGGGGAUUUCCCCUCGAGCUGCGGCUGCUCAGCGCCCUGCUGCAGCGCAAGCGACUGGCGCGCGCGGUGGCCCUGGGCGCGCUGCUGCUGCACCUCGGCAGCCUACUGCACUCGCUGCAGGGCAAGUACUGGGUCUACAGCCGCGCCAGCCAGCUGCGCAACGACGUCGUGAUCUUCAUCAACACUGUCAGCGACCUGCUGCUGGUGAGCGUGAACGUGCUGGGGCUGCUGCCCCUGCUGGGCAGCCCCUUCCUGCUGGAGCUGCUGCGCUUCUGCACCGCCCCGCUGGAGGUGUUGGGGCCCUCGCGGGCCUGCUCCCCUUGGAUCAAUCUGCUGCGCUUCGGGCCGCUGCUCCCCAUCGUGACCGGCGGCUGCUUGUUCUCCCGAAACGCUGGCUGGGCGUCCUACCAGUACUUCCUGGGGCGCCAGGUCUGGUACUACGUGAUGAAUCUGGUGGUGUGCGCCUUCAUCUGCGCCGCGCUGCAGCUCAAGUGGCAGUUUACGCGCAUCAACGACUUCCUAGGGCGGGGGGGCGGCGCGUCCGCCGCCCAGCUGCAGCUGGUCGCUGCGCGCUUCAACGGCCUCUGCAACCUGCUGGACGAGUUCAACCGCACGUUCAAGGCGCUGAUGGUGCUGGUGGUGAUGUGUGUCACUGGCAGCGUGCUGCACAACUGCACGUCCCUGAUCGAGUACGCGGCGAAGCCCAAGGGGGCCGCCGUCAAACUGGCCACGUUCCUCACGCAGCCCCUCUUCGCCCUCACCACCGUGGGCCAGGCGGCCGUGGUGGCCUUCGUGGGCGAGGGGCUGGAGGAGGAGGGCGAGCGCACCACCCGCAUCUGCUUCACGCUGCUCAACCAACUGGACCACGCCCAGGGCAAGAGCGAGCCGCUGGUGGCGCGCGAGCUGCGCUUCAUCCUGGAACACAGUCGCGCCCGCAAGAUCUGCCUGCACGCCGGCGGCUUUUUCCGCCUCAACUGGGGCAUCCUGGGCUCGAUCACCUCCACGGUGGCCACCUACUCCAUAGUGAUCAUCCAGUUUCUACUCAAAUAGCCUUUAAUUCAACAAACACACUACUUUUUGUCCAGGCCGUACACGUAGC